CAAGCCUUUUUCAUAAACCACUGCCAGAUUCAAAGAGGCUGAUGCCAACUCAGGUCUGUGAUUUGGUUUAACUCUUGAUUCCCCACUAUUGUGACAAGCUGUCAAGCGCAUAAGAAAUAAUCCAAGGUAAAAAUAAACAUUUGAAAUCCCGUCCUGUCCCAGCCAUAAACAGUGAACCGCUGAUAAUGACUUUGUUUGUUUUUAUUAAGACUCAUCGGUCCAAGGAAAAGCAGCAAUGCUGAAGGAGAUCAAAUUCGUGCUCUGGUUCUUUUUUGUCUUUGUCUUUUCCGUUGUUUAUAAACUUUCCCGGCCGUCUGGCUGCAUCUUCUCAUGCGAGCCCACUCCUGAGCCACUCCCAAUGCAAGAGGAGGAUUUGAGCCAGAGUAGAAGCAUCAUCUUCGUGGAGACCACAGACCGCCUGGAGCCUCCUCCCUUGGUUUCAUGUUCUGUGGAAUCUGCUGCCAGGAUCUAUCCCGACAGACCCAUUCGUUUCUUCAUGAAAGGGCUGAAAAAUAACACAAAGUGGGAUUCAAAUUCCACUUCCGCGGCCUUCUCUCUUCUAUCUGCGAUGGAGAAUGUCUUCAUCCGUCCUUUCCAGAUGGAAACUUUGUUUGAGGAGACACCUCUGCUCCCAUGGUACCGUAAGGUAAAUCCAGCCAAGGAAAGGUACUGGGUUCAUGUCAGCUCUGACGCGAGCCGGCUUGCACUCAUCUGGAAAUACGGUGGGAUCUACUUGGACACCGAUGUCAUCUCCAUCCGGCCUAUUCCUGUAACAAACUUCUUGGCGGCUGAGGCUUCCCAGGUCUCCAGCAAUGGGAUUUUUGGCUUUCCUCGCCAUCACGGGUUCAUUUGGGGUUGUAUGGAGGAUUUUGUUCGAAAUUACAAAGGACACAUUUGGGGUUACCAAGGCCCCAGCUUAAUGACAAGAAAUCUCAAGGCAUUGUGCAACUUGACCAAUUUCCAUAAAGUGGAGGAUAUAAGCUGUCAGAAUAUUUCCUUCUUACAUCCUCAGCGAUUCUACCCCAUCCCCUACCCGGCAUGGAGGCGGUACUAUGACGUCUGGAAGAAACGCCCCGACUUCAAUGACUCCUAUGCUCUGCACCUGUGGAACUACAUGAACAGUGAACGCAAAACUGCAGUUGCAGGAAGUAACACGUUAGCAGAAAAUCUGUACAAAACAUACUGCCCCACCACAUAUAAAACCCUUAUUCAAGGCCCAGAAGGCAGUGGUCAUCUGCAACAAAACAAGACUGUAUGACGGCAUCUAGGAGAAUGAAGCGACCCUUCUGUCCUUUGACAGUGCUGUGACUGAAUCAGCUGUGCACAACGUGUAUCUCCUCUUAGCCAGUGACUCCCAGCCAUUUUCUCUCUGCAGGUGACUUUGUAAGAGAGAACCUCUGAGAAUCCACCUCUUCUCCCAAGGUUCCCCAUGACCUAAUGAAAUGACUGGGAAGCCGGGGGUGUAAAUACCAUUUGUGAUGACUUGAUAAGUAUGUCUCCUUCUUUAGGGUACACUUUCCCAAUGUACCCAAGGGAUGGCCAGUGGUGUUCUGUUGGUUUCUUUCUUGGGCUUGUCCCGUAGCAGGAGGCUUCUGGGU